AUGGAUCAAUGGUUCAGUCAAAAGGCGAGCGCCGGUGACAAUGUCUUCCAAGAGUGCACCAAAAUACUCUCAAAUUAUCUCUCCAACACCACAGACACCUCACCCGCCUUAACCGCAUCAGCAAUCGUAACCUCCGUUCAAGCCUCAUCAAAACCCGCAGAUACCGGCUUCGAAGUCACAAAUCUACUCCUUGAUAUAGCCGCACAAUUCUCCACCUCACAUGAUCCUAUUAGCGCCCUCCUCCCCGCCAUCCGCGCCAUACCACCCACGCCAAACCCAGUCUACUACCACCUCGAAUCCAUGCACCGGGAAAACUAUGACGGCAUAUCUGGACUACGGUAUCUCUGGAAACCAGAAGAUAAGCAAGCGACUGUCACACCGGGGGAUAGAUGGGCUAAUUACAACGUCUUCACUGUCAAGCUCGCUACGUCUGGAUACGAUGAUGGGUACUUCAUGUUCGGCUUCUUUUGCCUGCGCGAAACUCUCGAGACGAACCAGCAAUCUCGAGAGGCGGAAUUCGAGAAACACAUUCGCCCUACUUUCAUCGAGCGUUCCGCAAUCGAUGCCAAUGAACUUCUCAACUACGACCUCACAGCCGCUGCUAAAUGGGUCAUUCUAGGCGGACGCGAUAUGUACCGCUUAGGCAACUCGAUCUUUGGAGCAGAUUUGCAGAGAGGCAUCGCGGUGCACACAGACCUUUGGGAAGGAAACCCGGGCUUUUCGUUAGGAAGAUGGAGAGAGUGGUGGAGGAGUUUUAAGUAUUAUGCGCAAGCAUCGUACGUAAAGGAGGAGGUGAAGGUAUUGUGUAGAGAGGCGGAUCAGGCGAUUGCGGAUGCUCUGUUUGCGAAGGUGGAUUGA